GGGUCAUCAAACGAGCUCUUAAUUGACACGAUCAAUUCACUAUAUUUUUUAUACUUAUAAAUAUUUAUAGCCAAUAUACAUCACAAUUUUUUUUUCACAGGCUCCAGCCAGCCUCUCGUUUUUUUGAUAAUCCAGGUGUCGGGGCUUACGCUCCCAUAAUUCUGAAGUCUAUGAACUAUCCUCCAAAGUCCCUAGACAGUUAAGUCCAGAUAUGAUCACAGUCAGCCUCGUCAGUACUGGUUCCAAAGGACGAAUCCAGCAGGACUUACAUCACCUUUCAGGCUGCUCCUCCCAUCACACGAACCCGCUACCUUCAUUACCAUCCUCUCCCUUCUCAGCCGCUGAGCAAAAACUCCGUGAAAGUAGGAAGAAUCAUUGGGAGCAAGACCUCCAUCCUCUCCCCUAAAUGUGCCUACCGAGAUUCGAACCCGAGACCUCCACUAGGACACGGUAACCUUCCACCCGGUGAGCUGUAAUGGUUGGUUCCAACCAGCCUCUCGUGUUUCCACCCUAGGCGGUUCCGACAUAUUUAGAAAAAAAACCAUUUUCCUUCAUACAAUCAUUUUGCAGGCAUCUAUCUGUUGUUUUGCUCUGAGAGAGCUCAAUAAUUCACCCACCAUUUCUGCUCCUCUCUCCCAUGGUUUCCCACCGAAGAUGCCUUCUUAUCCCUGCCUUCACUUUCCCUUCCUCAGCCUGUUUUGCACGAGAAAAAAAUCAGUUGAAAAAGGCGAAGACAAAUACUUUAAUGACGACGAAAACCAGGCCGGAUUCUUUUCAACGGCGGAAUGUUAUGCUUGUACGCAAGUUGGGGUUCCGGUUUUCCACUCCACCAGCUGCGACAACGCGAACCAGCCGGAAUGGGAGGCUUCUGCCGGUUCAUCCCUAAUUCCCAUUAAAAACAAGCCCGGUUCGUCCCUCAGUGUCCGGUCUAGACCCCGUACGUUCGCGCGUGUUAUGGACCCUCGUAGCAAGCGCGUGCAGAGGUGGAACAGGGCAUUCCUGCUGGCACGUGGCAUGGCGUUGGCCAUUGAUCCUCUCUUCUUCUACGCCUUAUCCAUCGGCCGCGAUGGCUCGCCUUCCCUCUACAUGGACGGCGGCCUGGCGGCGAUUGUCACCGUCCUCCGUACGUGCGUUGACGCCGUCCAUAUCUGCCACCUGUGGCUGCAGUUCCGGCUUGCUUACGUGUCCAGAGAGUCGCUCGUGGUAGGCUGCGGGAAACUCGUUUGGGACGCGCGUGCGGUUGCCAAACACUACCUGCGCUCGUUCGACGGCUUCUGGUUCGACGCUUUUGUGAUUCUCCCCAUCCCCCAGGUAAUGUUUUGGUUGGUGGUACCAAAAUUGAUAAGAGAUGAGCAGGUGAGGCUCAUGAUGACAAUUCUUCUACUCAUCUUUUUGUUUCAAUUCCUCCCAAGAGUCUACCACAGCAUAUCCUUGAUGAGAAGAAUGCAGAAGGUCACUGGAUACAUUUUUGGAACCAUUUGGUGGGGUUUUGGCCUCAAUCUCAUAGCCUACUUCAUUGCUUCCCAUGUAGCUGGGGGAUGUUGGUAUGUACUUGCAAUUCAACGAGUGUCUACGUGCCUUGACAAACAAUGUGGUGGGAAAAGCGCAUGCCAUACCCCCCUGUCUUGCUUAGAUGUGAAUGGCACCUUUGGUUAUGGAAUAUACAACUGUGCUCUUCCCAUAGUCUCUAGUCGAUCUGUUGCUGUAAAGAUUCUUUAUCCUAUCUUCUGGGGGCUUAUGUCUCUUAGCACAUUUGGGAAUGAUUUGGAACCAACAAGCAACUGGUUGGAAGUUAUAUUCAGCAUUUGUAUCGUUCUUAGCGGUUUAAUGUUGUUCACUCUCUUGAUUGGAAAUAUUCAAGUAUUUCUGCAUGCUGUGAUGGCGAAAAAGAGAAAAAUGCAACUAAGGUGCAGAGAUAUGGAAUGGUGGAUGAAGAGAAGACAACUUCCAUCGAAAUUGAGGCAAAGAGUGCGCCAUUUUGAACGACAACGGUGGGCUUCCAUGGGUGGAGAAGAUGAGAUGGAGUUGAUUAAUGACUUGCCAGAAGGUCUUCGGCGAGACAUAAAACGAUUUUUAUGCCUCGAUCUCAUAAAGAAGGUUCCUCUAUUCCACAGUUUGGAUGAUCUCAUUCUUGACAACAUUUGUGACCGCAUUAAGCCUCUAGUGUUCUCGAAAGAUGAGAAGAUAAUAAGAGAAGGAGAUCCAGUGCAACGAAUGGUGUUCAUAGUACGAGGACGUGUCAGAAGCAGCCAAAGUUUAAGCAAAGGAAAGGUAGCCACAAGCAUUCUUGAACCAGGAGGCUUCUUAGGCGAUGAACUUCUUUCAUGGUGUCUCCGACGUCCCUUCAUAGAUAGGCUCCUAACGUCUUCUGCCACAUUUACAUGCAUUGAGUCGAUCGAAGCAUUUGGCCUAGACGCUGACCAUAUCCGCUUCAUCACUGACCACUUCAGGUACAAGUUUGCAAAUGAGAAGCUUAAGUGGAGAACAAGGUACUAUUCUGCGAAUUGGAGAACUUGGGCAACUGUUAACAUUCAGUUGGCUUGGCGACGUUAUAGGAUGAGGACAAGAGGUCAACUAAUGAAUAAUGUAUUGGAAAUCGGACAAAACAAUGAUCGACGCCUCCGACAGUAUGCUGCAAUGUUCUUAUCAAUCAGGCCCCAUGAUCACCUUGAGUAGCACCCUAUUAUAACAUAUGUGCUACUCAUUUUAUUUUGUCACGUUUUAUUUACAAAGAUUUGUUUUUGUGUCAUUAUGUAUUAUUUAAAAGCUUUUUGAAUAAAUAAAUCAUUGUGUAAGUAGAUCUGGAACUUGGUCAAAAUUGACUUGCACAUAGAAUAUAAUAAAGUAAAAAUAGUAUGAUUGAUAUUUAUGUAGAGGAGAGAUAAAUAAUUUUAAUCACAUAUUUGUUACGUUAAAUCGAAAUGGUGAAGUUUUUUU